GACUACCUCCGCGUCGCUACCCCUCGUGCCUUCCCCACCUCGGUCACGGCUCUGCGCGGCCGGUCUGCGCAUAUGACAGGCUGAGCUUCCUUCGGCCAGUUUCCCGGGGCUUCGAGACGGGACGGGGCGGGGAUGGGGACCUAGGGCCCCGGCGGCUGCCGUUUCGGUCGCUGAGAGCGAGCCCUACAGCCACAGUCCUUCCAACACGCUCGGCCUCUCCGCUUUCAGAGCACCCCCUCCCCGGAUAAGACACCGACUCGGCCGCAGGGGGCAGAUCCCCCGACCACUUUUCCCUCCUCUUCAGGGCCUUCCCCUUCCCAUCCCUGAGCCCGGCCUUCCUGGGUUUCCAGCCGGCCCCUCACCCUCAAAGCAGACGCGGGAUUGGAGGAGGGAGUUUGGCCAGGGAUGGGACUUAACAAACUCCUUGGGGACCUUGAUUCCCAGGGAACAAUGGCAGUGACCCAGCACGGAUUGGGAACCCAGUCAGGCAGCCCAGAAACAGGGAGAUUAUACAAACAUGUAAAGACCCACUUAGCAACAUGUGUGAACCUGUCUACAAGGCUGGGACGGGAUAUGAGUUGCGAAGAAUCCAGUUUCAACCGAGUGGUGUAUCGGAAAAAGAUGCCAUCUCAGUGUUGGUUUGUGUUUAUUUUCCACUGACCCUAUGGGUGAAGAUAUCCUUGACCAUUACUUCAUCUGAAUAUGUUCCAGCUCAUCCGAUGUUACAUCACCAGGUUGAAAGCUAUGGAGAUCUCCACAAGGAUUUGGAGAAGAGUCCUAAUAAUUAUUAAAAUUCUGGACUAGAUCUACUAGGAAAGGUAGAUGGACUAUAAGGCACUUGCCCAACAAAUUGCUCAAGAAAUUUUAGGUUACUAUCAAGAUACAUCAGGCUGGAAAGUGGUUAAGACUUCAAAAAAGAUAAGUGUUUCCAGCAAGGCUUCUAAGAAAUUCCAUGGAAAUCUAUAUCGUGUUGAAGGAAUAGUUCCAGAAUCAACAUCUAAACUAUCUGAUUUCCUCUACAAACCUGAAAACAGGGUCAUAUGGGACAAAUCAUUGAAAAUGUACAGCAUGGUACAAAAAAUUGAUUCGAACCUCAAAGCCCUGCUUUUUCCAAAUACAGUCCAGCCUUAUGCAGUUUGUUUCAGGACACAUUCAUGUCAUACCAUUACACAAAGUUUUGCCAUGGGCUCAAUAUCCCCCCGAGACUUUAUCGACUUAGUGUAUUUGAAGCACUGCGAAGGGAAUAUCGAUAUUAUCAGUUCUACUAGUGUGGAUUUUCCAGCAUAUCCUCCAUCUUCAAAUUAUAUCCGUGGUUGUAACCACGCUUGUGGCUAUAUGUGUUCACCUCUGCAAGAGAACCCAGCAUAUUCCAAACUAGUGAUGUUUGUCCAGACAGAAAUGAGAGGAAAAUUGGCCCCAUCAAUAAUUGAAGCAACCAUGCCUUCCAAUUUAGUAAGCUUCCUCCUCAAUGUAAAGGAUGGAGUAAAACACAAAAUUCUAUCAGGACGUGGAUGUCAUCAUGAUGGGCAUUCGUCAUUCCGAAAGAAGAAAUGA